CGUACACAUCAUCAAUAGUGAAAGAGAGAAGAUUUCGACACCAUCGUCGCUACGCCUACAACCCUUCCUUCGGCCUCCGUUGGCCGCGAAUUACGACAAUAUUGACUUUCCAGCGUGAAGGACAGAUCAGCGACGAUAUGAAUAACCACACCACAAUCACAAAAACAACCCCAUCCCCGAGUCCCGGACCUGGCUUGACAUCCGGGGCGUCGCCUGCGCAGACCACAACGACAGCCGGAGCCACCAGUGGAACAAAAAGGAAACGGACCCCAGCUGUGAAAUAUUAUGCUGUGAAGGAAGGGUUUCGUCCGGGAAUAUACUACAAUUGGAGUGACUGUCUUGCUCAAGUUACGGGUUUCAAGGGGGCUGUCUUUCAGUCAUUUCCUUCAUUAGAAGAAGCGACUUCAUUCCUCACUGGUCAAAAAGUAGCUUCGCACAACGGGACGGCAUCCACCAACAAUGAAAAUGGCACACGAUUUUAUGGUGUACAAAGAGGGCGAGUUCCUGGUGUGUAUUCGAAUUGGGCAGAAGCACAAGAGCAGAUUAAGGGCUAUACGCGACCUCGAUACAAGAAGUUCGAUACACGCCAGGAGGCAGAGGAGUUUGUGAAGAUGGGUCAGGAGAAUGAGGUUAGCAAAUCGUCUCAAAUCCCUGGCGGUCUCACGAAUGCAAAUCCUACGGAUGCUGUCAAUGGAGAUGCUGAAAUUCCGGCCGCCUUUGCGCCUCUACCACCAGGUGCUGAAGAUGGGUUUGAUCCGAAUGUUCUUCUGGAGCCUUCUACGGGCAAGAUAGUCUACAAAGCACCGGAGCAGAAACUUGCAACCAAGGCAAAACCUACAGGACCUCCUGGAAUGCUACGAAUAUAUACCGAUGGGAGUUCACUCGGUAAUGGUAAAAAGAUUGCACAAGCUGGUGUUGGGGUAUAUUUUGGACCCAAUGACACGAGAAAUGUUUCCGAGCCAUUAAAGGGCCAUCGCCAGACAAACCAACGUGCCGAGUUGACCGCAAUCAUCAGAGCGCUUGAAAUAGCACCACGACAUCGUCCUGUGACUAUCGUGACUGACAGUCGAUAUGCCAUCGACUGUGUUACGAAUUGGUUCCGAAAAUGGGUUCGCAAUAACUGGCAAACCUCGGAUGGCAAGCCAGUCGAAAAUAAAGAUCUAAUCCAGUCGAUACUCGUGAAAAUCAGCGAGCGGGAUUCACUAAAGGUGACUACUACAUUUGAAUGGGUCAAGGGACAUAACCGUGACGCAGGAAACGAAGCUGCAGAUAGGUUAGCUGUCGAUGGUGCAAGGAGGGGAGUGGGCGGGCAACUGUCGUCUGCUCCGGUUGGACUCAAGGCAGCUGUUGAUGAUGAUCUUCCUGACGAACUUGCUGAUGAGUUUGAUGACUUUUGAAUGAGCCAUGAGUAAAGGCAUGCGAGUUAUAUUGUCGUGUAUGAGGCAUAAUGCCAAUACCAUUGCUGGGCUGACCUGUAAACAAACGAAUAAUACAAUGGUUAUACAGUAGAAUCUGACUAUAGCG